UCACCAUCAACUUAUAUUUUAUGAUGCAUUGUAUGUUUUCACAAAGCUGAGCGAAUACAACUUUUAACAGUCAUACUUUUUGAACUCCGUUCAGUCCUCCCACGCGAGGCUAGUGGUGACGUAAUCCACUGACAGUACAGUCACUGGUCAGUAGCAGAAGUACCUUAGCAUUCGUUUCUUUGGUGUUACUUAUAUCGGCAAGUACGCGAAAGGGUAACUUAAUGUAGUUUACAAUAUCCAACCACAGUGAUGAAACGGAGAGUGUGAUAACCACAAUUGCUGCUUAAAGUUAUCCAUGGUUAGACUUAAAACUUGCUAGCCACCCCUACCCUAGUCUAGCGUUAAAAAAAAGUCAAGUGGCUAACGUUACAGCUAUAAGGCGAAGCUAGGCAAACAUUACUUGGCUAACCGGUUCCGUUGACAGAGGUUGACUUAUCGCGCUGCUUGCUUGGCAUUAACAUGGUGGUUGUGAACUAGCGGUGCUGUCAGUUGAAUGUGUACAAUUGACAAACAAAGCUGUAUCUUUAGUUUGGCAACCGACUGCCUUGGACGGCAAGAUAAUGUUAGCUAGCUAGCUAAAGCGGGCGUUAGCUUUAGCAAAACAAGAGGUCUGCUUUGGGAGUCAGCUGACAGCCUGCUGUAAGCUGCCAACAGACCAGUGAUGGAUCAACUCAAAGUAAAGGAUCGCAUAUUGGAAAACAUAUCCCUGUCUGUCAAGAAGUUGCAGAGUUACUUUGCGGCCUGUGAAGAUGAGACUCCAGCCAUCCGAAAUCAUGACCGGGUCCUUCAGCGCCUCUGUGAACAUCUUGACCAUGCUCUGCUGUAUGGCCUGCAGGACAUCUCCUCAGGCUACUGGGUCCUGGUCCUUCACUUCACCAGGAGAGAGGCUGUCCGUCAGAUAGAUGAGCUUCAGCACAUAGCAACCAACCUCGGUCGAAGCCGUGCAUGGUUAUACCUGGCAUUGAGUGAGAGCUCUUUAGAGAGCUAUCUACGCCUUUUCCAGGAGAACCAAGCAUUACUACAGAAGUAUUAUUUCAAGAAUGCACUGGUCUGCAGUCAUGACCACCUCACACUCUUCCUCACGCUGGUGUCCGGCCUGGAGUUCAUUCGCUUUGAUCUGGAGCUGGAUGUGCCCUAUCUGGAUGUGGCCCCCUACAUGCCAGAAUACUACAAACCUCAGAACCUGCUGGACUUUGAGGAAAGGCUGCCCAGCUCAGACAGCUUGUCCCUGCACUCUUUCACCUCCCUCACCUCCACCAACCUGGAGUGGGAUGACAGUGCCAUAGCUCCCUCCAGUGAAGAUUAUGAUUUCGGUGACAUCUUCCCCGUGUUGCAGUCAUUGCCAAGUGCAGACUGGGAAGAGGGUGACAUGACCGACCAGGCCAGCUGCCCACGAUCCAGUGGCUCUGAUCCCCAGACAGUCAUCAGCGACACAGUGGUCCUUUCUGCUGGCACUGUCAAGGUGAAGGCAGCAGCUUAUCUUGCUCCACAUAGCCCCACGUACAGACACAACCCCUUCAACGAAGACUCGGACACUAACACCACCAACACCUCAGCCGACGGCACGCCAGUUCAUGUGGCCAGCCGCUACUACAGCACCACCGCUGGAGAUGACACAGAGAGCACCAGCAAUGAGCUGGAGGUCAUCAGGAUGGCCAGACGAAGGAAACCAGCCAAGAAGCGCCGAGGGAAGGGCUCCACAGAUUCUAUCGGCAGCAUCCAUAACUCGGUCUCCUCUGAGCACUUGGAAACGGACAACAGCCUCUUGGCCUCGGAGGAUGUAAAUUCAUUAAACGGCACUGUGUUCCAGCUGGACGCUGAGGCAGAGUUGAGGAGAAGCAGGGUGGGAUCAGAGGUUGUGGAGGAAGGCGAUGAGGACGGAGUAGAAGGCCUCCUACGGCUCCCAGAGAUGACGGACACCUCCAUGGACACCGUGGGCCAACCCCUCCGUGAUGUGAUGGACCGGCUCAACGGGUCUUUAGAUAGGGAGGAGGCCUGGGAGCACCGAGAGGAGAAAAGCAGUGAAAGCUGUGACCGGAGCCCCGAGCCCCCUGCACAGCAGCCCUUUCGAGAGGAUUCAGAGGGCGAGCCACCUGACCCAGCUGCAGGAGAGACGUCUCUCUCCCGUCUGGCCACAAGCCACAACUUCCUGCAGGCCUCUCUUGCGCCUACAGACUUAUGCUGCUUUACCCCCAACAGUCCAGACUCUACUCCCACUGGUGGUGGCCACUAUGACUCUCCAGAGCAUAGCCAGUCGCAGACUCUUUCAGGUGGCCUUGAAGAUGAAGGAGAGGCAAAAGCGUCAGCAGGACAGGAGCCCGACGUGAAGAACGGGGAGCAAGGCCCUGAAGAAGGAGAGGAAACCGACAAAAAAACAUUUACUGAGGAAGCAGAGAGUUCUCAUCCUGCGGAGUUUAAGGUGGACAACAAUCACUUGCUUCUUCUCAUGAUUCAUGUAUUCAGAGAGAGUGAGGAGCAGCUCUUCAAGAUGGCGAGAAUGAGCACAGGCCAUAUGGAGGGGGACCUGCAGCCCCUUUACCUGCUGCUGACUGACUGUUACAUCUACCUUCUUAGGAAGGGUGCAGCAGAGAAGCCCUACACAGUAGAAGAUGCUGUUUCUUAUAAUGAGCUGGACUAUCUUUCGGUGGGCCUUGACAAACAGACCGUGAUGGUGGUUUGCACUAACAGACGAAGAAAAUUCCUGUUAGACACAGCUGAUGCCUCUCUGACGCUGUGGCUCUUGUCUGUUCUCAAGUCAGCCAUGGUGAAGGGUUGCCGUGAGCCUCCUUACCCCUCUGUGCUGACUGAUGCUACCAUGGAAAAACUGUCACUCUCUAAGUUCGUUUCCCAGGAAUCUCACUGUGAGGUAUAUGAAGUAUCUAUCCAACUGUAUUCACUAGUCCACUGGGAGGAUCCUAUGGACAUGACUUUGUCACCCCAGGGUGACCCACUGAACUCUGCACUACAUUCCAGCACCAAGGAGGGGAGUCUGCAGUACCGGGCAGGAAACACCUACCUGGGCAAAGAGCUGUGGAAAAGCUGCUACCUCGUCCUUAGCAAGGGAAUUCUGUACCUGUAUGCAGAAAGAACUGAUGUGACACCUCUGCUGUCAGUCACUAUGGGAGGAGAGCACUGUGGAGGCUGCCGUCGCUCAAACAGUACAGAGCGUCCCCACGCCUUCCAAGUCAUCCUGACCGAGCGACCGCCAUUGGAGCUCAGCGCCAACAAUGAGCAGGACAUGGCCGACUGGAUGCUGCUGCUCUGCCAAUCCGUCUCCAAAGGGCCGGCUUACCUGCAGGUCAUCCCUCAAGGUGUGGCCCCCACUCCAUGUAUCCCGUGUUGCCUGGUGAUGACAGACAGGAAGCUGCUUACUUGCCAUCAGGACUGUCAGACCAGCUUCUUCCGUUCACUGGGCAGCGCCGAUAUCAGUGAUGUCACUUUUGUCAGCGUGGAGGCCGACAAAGAGUACUGUGUCAUUGAGUUUGCAGCAGAUCGGACCCAGUUCCUUCCUCCGUGGGUGUUGUACUUCAGUGGCUGUGAAGAGAGAGAUCGACUGCUAGAGGUGUUAGACAACACAUGGAAGGCCAUUUUUCAGGUCGACCUUCCCCACAAAGAAGUGUUGGAUCCGUCUGUGCAAAAGCGUUGUGGUGAGGCCCUCGCCCUGAUGAAUAGUGCCUGGCAGAGGGCAGACAGUCUGGCCCGAGGCAGAGCCCAGCGUGAACCCUGGUGCUGACAGACACACACAUGCACGCAUACACUUAACCUGUGUGUAGCCACUGAGAAAAACUGAUCAGUCUGAUGUAGUGCCAGGAUAGAUGGAUUUAACUCUGGCAUACAGUCUGUGUCACUGUAAACUAAGUUCUAAGCUGAAAAUUGGACGUGGUUAUUGGUCGUCCCACUACUGCGUGAGCUUGUGAUGCACCUGUAAAUCAUUGAUGACAUGUUUCUAUCAGAGAAACUUCCUGCAGAAGUAGCAAUGCAUAUUGCACAUCGCAGUGAUGCAACCGCAAGACAUUCACACUUAAAAUUAAAUUUUAUUUAAUCCAAAUGAUACAUUGCAAUUAUUCCUUUUAUUAGAGGUUUUUAAGAAAUAGCAGCAAUGCAGAACAAAUACACUGAAUCAAGGAAAGGUUCGGGGUCAUGUGUAAUAUUUUGUACUCCAUAUGGAAACGGCUCUGUUGGAAAUGGUGGUGGAUAAUUAUAGAAUGCACAUAUGCAGUAGUUGUGUCAUGGGAACACUUUACCAAUCUUUAAUACAUUGUGCAUUCAAAUAUAUCCUGCUGAAUUGAGUUUGAGAAUUUUGUCUACACAAAGUAAAAGUCAAGCCUUGACUUUGAGAUGUAAACAGGACUGGAAAUGAUUUAACACUUAUUUAGUCCAUUGAGGUAGCUGAGUAGGGAGGAAGAUAAGGAUCAAUUACUAGCAGCUUCCCAACAUUUUCUUAAAAAAAAAAAAAUCAAUGUCAAGAAAGCCAUAAACUGUAUGCAGUUGAUGCUUGUUUUUGACAUAGAAAAGGUCACACUCCUUGCCUUGCACACAGAAGUAACGCUAUCUGAUCGCACAAGUCACACAACUGUGUGGAGAUAAAAGUCCGUCCUUGCUUGUGUUCUACUUAAUCCAAACUAUCGUACAAUUAUAGAGCAAAUGUACAGCGCUGUGCAGUAUCAACGCUUGAUCAGUCACCAAUGGUUGUGUACGUGUCUGAUAUUCAGUUUUGGUUUGUCACAUUAACUUGAGAGAAUGAAUAGCAUAUGAUAGCAAACGAUAUGAAGAUUUGGCUAUUGUCUGAGAUCUUGUUAUACCUAUUUAAAUAUCACUCAGAUAAAAAAAACUGUUUGCCUUUUAUCUCCACUCUGUAGAGAUGAGUGGAGGCUUCCAUGCAGAUUUGCACAUUGUUUUUGCUGUUAGUCUUCUUUUUAAUGGUAUCAGUUGUGGUUUUGCAUUAAUAUCAUAACACGUAUUUCCAUUGUAAGAAAGUGGGAACAAUUGUUACUAAAUUCAAUUGAGUGAUGGCAUUUUUUUUUUGUUGGUAUUGACUUGUGUCUGCAUUAGCAGACAUAUUAGUGCGGCACAUUACAUUUAGUGUGGGCAAGUAUCGAGUAAGAAUUACAGUCUGUGUGAAGAAUCUGUUUCCGAAUGAGAGCUACAACUUACCCUGGCUUAUCAUUUUUAUUUUGCACCAGUGGUUGGAGGCAUCAUACUGUACUGUACUAUAUGAUCUGGCCACUCCACUAAAUUAGAACACCCCUUAUUGCACUAGUCAUUAAGUGGUGUAAGACCAUGUUUGAGGUUAAUAGAAUCCAUAAAUAGCCUUUUUAACUUAGAUCAAGUUUAGCAUCUGUUCUUAGCAGAUUAAUGCUUUUAAAUAGUCUGUAAUAUCAUCCAAUAUUAAAGCUUUACUUAGAGAAAGAAUAAGAAGUAGAAGACAUUGCCAGACCUAUCUCCAAAGCGCUGUAUGAGUAUGGUCUGGAUAGUGGAAAAAACGCUCUGCCUUGUUUGUAUUUCUUUAAAACAACAAUCACAACCAUCCCCAGGCAACGCUAAGCCCUGAUAGCAUAGCUAGCGACAGGGGAGGGACAUCCGGCGCUUCUCUCACGCGCCAAAUGUCAGCCUUUAUUCCAGAAAAUGUUCAUCCGUCGAGCCACACCAGAAGACCCUAAACCAAACUCUUCCCAUACAAAUUAUAGUCAGUAGAUAAUAGUGCAUGUGUUACAAUCUGUCCUUAACAUUAACACUGAUUAGAGUACUGCUGCUCUGUCAACGACAGUGUGUAACUCUUCUCAUUACAAGGCUGAGAUCAGUGUAAGAUUUGUUUUGCAAUGACAAUGUUGCCUUUUUGACAACAUUGAUUGAAAUGGAUAGUUCAUUUAAAAUAAAAAAAAUAAGCACUAUUUUUCCUUUUUGUGGUUGCCUUACACUGCACUUAAACAAUCAUUUUAUGUUUAUGUUGUGGUUCUGGUUUCUUUUGAAAGACAAGUUGUAAUGUGUGCUGUAUGUUGGGCUGGGUAUCCAACCGUGAUACUCUCAAAGUACAGACAUAACGCUGUCUGUUAGAUAUUGCCUGAUUUUUGCUGUUAAAAAUCAGACAGGUUGUGUAAAAAACAAAAAGAGAUUAUUUUCAGCAAAGUAUGGUACUUUAAAAAUACCGUUUUGGUAUUUUUUUCUCCAAAACUUGAGUAUUGAAUAGGCACCAGUAUCAAAAACCUUCAGAUGAUACCCAGCCCUAUACAUAUGUCACUUAUGUGUGUUCAGUCACAUUGUGUUACUUUAAUUCCAGCAUUAAUCAGUGCAAAAAAUUCUCAUUAACAAAAAAAAAUCUAAUCUCAGGUGAAAAAGGUUGGAAAUGUCACAUCCAAUACCUUAAGACUCACCGUUUUUUAUUGCUGCUGUUUGUUGAAAUUAAUAUUUUUUUAAAUCCCCUUUUUUCUAUUUUGGUUGGAUGCAGAAUAUGCGCACACUGACGAGGCUGCAAAGUAAUAUUGCAUGUUGGAAAAGGUUUUAUGUAAAAGUCCUUUUAAUGGUUUGGUGAGUUCCAAAAUAGGAUUGGUAUUAAGUAAUUGUGUAGUUAGAAUAGUCUCCCCCAGUGGAUUACCUAAGGUCUUUUUUGACCAGAGCGAGUAUACUUCCAAAAGUUGGACUUACUUGAAAUGUUUGUUGGAUUAUCAAUAAAGAAUGCACUGCAUAAAGUUGUGGCCUAUAAAGUGUAUAUUAAGAAAAAGUUAGUUAGUCUUUUUGAGCAGUGUUUUGAAUGUGGGACAUUGCUGACCAAUGAUGGAUGACAUCUAAGUGAUGCAUUGUGAAAAAGCGCUUUUUCAUUUUGUUCAUAAAUGUAAGCUGCAUGUAAUAUUUGUAUGUUGUUUAGCGGUUUUAAUUGAAUUGUAAAUAGAGCACUAAUUAAAUAUCACAUACUGUACACUUACAUAUAAAGACAUGCAUGUCCAGAAGGUUUUAUACUGUUCAUAAUGGCAAUGAAUGUACAAAUAAACCUUUGUGAUUGGACGGUAUAGCUGAAUAAACUGAAAGGAAACCUUG